AUAUCGAGAUAUCAAGUAGUAGUAUAUUGCUGGACAAACGGACUGACAUCGUCAACAGUUGUCUAUCAUCGCAAGAUGUAUAAGAAACACGUAUAGGAAAUUUCGAAAUUAUGAAACAAGUGAUAUUUAUCCUUAGUCUGUUUACUAUUAUUAUAUUAGGCUUUACCGAUGAUGUCACGAACAGACUAGCAGAGUUAUUAUCAAUGUCGAAAAUAGACGUAGAAAUUUGCAUGAAUAAGACAAGUGUAAACAUUAAUGAUUUAAUGAAACUGGAUGAACUAGUAGAUGACGAUAUAAUGACAAAAGAUAUUAAUGAUGCCGCUUUAAAAGUUGGUUGCCUAUUUGUCUGUCUGUUGCAAAAAAAGGAUAUAAUGUCAGGUGUAUAUAUUAAUGUAGAAAAGAUGAAAAAAAUAUUGGAUAUCAAGAUGCAUUCAAAGAAUAUGUUUAGAUAUGUGGUCAUGCGCAACCGAAUAUUGGAUACAUGUGCCGAUCGAGUUAAAAGCAAAACAGAUGAAUGUGAAGUGAUUCUUUUAUUCUAUUUGUGCAUAAAUGCCGAAGUUCGUCGGAAAAUAAUAGAGUUAGAUUUUUCGAACGCUGUUUACAAACGCGGUAUGUUUUCUGAACAACUGAACGCAGUACGUUCAGAACGCAGUAUGUUCUCUGAACGCAAAUCGAAGUCUCGAAAGUUCAGAAUCAUGAAACAAGCGAUAUUUAUUUUGUGCCUGUGUAUUGCCAUUACAGCAGGUCUACCUCUUGAGGAUAUCAUAGAUAGAGUAGCGGAUGAGUUAUCAAUGUCAAAAACUGACGUACAGAUCUGUUUCACUAAAACAAAUGUAAAUCUCACGGAUUUAAUGAUGAUGGACGAAUUUUUCUACGGCGAAGUAUCAGCAGAAAUUAAUAAAUCAACUUUAAAAGUAAGCUGUUUAUUGGCAUGUCUGUUGAAGAAAAAAGAAUUGAUGGUUAAUACACAGAUCAACGUAGAAAGAAUAAAGAAAUUGAUUGCUGCUAAAGAACCAACAUCCGAUCCAACAACCAUUUCUAACAAAAAUCGCAUUUUAGAUACCUGUGUUGAUCGAGUUAAAGGCAAGACUAACGAAUGCGAUGUGGUUUGUCAAUUCCUUUUGUGCAUAGUUGAGAAAUUGAAAAACUUAGAAUGAUAAUGGUAGGAUAGGAUAUAAUUAAUGUUAAAGAGAUAAGAAAUAUUAGUAUCAUUUACGGUUUAAUAAAUAAAUUUAGAAUUUAAUACAUGCAAUGUGUUCUUCAACAACCUUUCUAGAACCUUUUUGACAAAAA